UAACGUUCGAAUUUAUGAAGUUAAGUUAUUAAUUUAUAAUGCUUAUGUUUUCCAGCGGUAGAAUGUGCAUGAGUAGUCUAUAAUUUUGUUAGUUUUCGUGGACCAAGGCCCUUUUUCGUCAAUAAAAGUGCCCGCGGUCCAGUUUCAAUAUGGACGACGUUAUUGAAGAAUAUUCGUCGUCAUUGCAAGAUUUAACCUUCAAUUCCAAGCCACAUAUCAACAUGCUAACCAUCCUGGCCGAAGAAAACAAAGCCCAUGCUGAGAGUGUCGUCAAAGUUAUAGAGGCCCAGUUGUAUAAGGCAUCGGAGAAACUACCAAUUCUCUAUCUACUUGAUUCCAUUGUAAAGAAUGUGGGAGAGAACUACACUCCGCUCUUUGCGAAGAACAUUGUCAAUACCUUCCGUCAAGCAUUCAUGACUGGAAACGAGAAGCAAAAAAUGAGUCUUUAUAAGUUGCGAACAACAUGGGACGAAUACUUUCCUCUCAAGAGAUUACAUGCCCUUGAUGUAAAGAUACAGGGUAUUGAUCCAAACUGGCCAGUGAAGCCUUUACCUGCCCACCUUCAAGAUGCAUCUACCAACAUACAUGUUAACCCAAAGUUUAUAAAACGAAAUGAUACACCAGUUGUUAAACCACAAGUCACACCAGUUGUUUCAAAACCAUCUCAAUCAAAGCAGGUAAAUGAUGUUGAUAAGAUCAAGGAGCAAAUGAUCCGACAGCAGAAGGAACUUCUUGACCUCCAGCAGCGAAAACUGAUGCUUGAAUUGGAACAAACCAAACAAGAACUUGAAGCAAAGCAAAAAGAGAUGCAAAGCCAAUCAAUAAAAAGUGAAAAAGUUCCAACAUCAAGAGACCCAAGAAUUAAACAAAAUCCAGCUCCUAAAAUUCCUGUUGGUUCCUUGCGUGUCACUGUGAAGAAUAAACCAAUGCAAACAGCACCAAAGGAACAUUCUAUAGCCAAGGACCAGAAGUUAAAAGUUAAUGGGGAACCUCAUAAAGUUCCACCAAGGCCAAAUAAAGCUUCUACAAACCUUCAAAAUAAACCAGAACCUUCAAAAAUUAAGGCUGCUGCUCUAUCUAAAAAACGCUCGCCGAAAAAUUUAAAUAAAAAGUCAAAAAAUAUGAUAUCACCGACUGAGCGGUCUGGCGCUAAACCUAAAUUGCACCAGUUCAAUAAAACUGGCAUGAAAGGGCUGGAAACUAAACCAAAGAUGCAUGUGAAAGAAACAAAGAAAUUGGGCCAACCAAGUGAUGAGAAUCCUCUUGAGAAACUUCUUCCCGUUCCCAACGAACAAAAGGAAUCAGAUCGUCGCAAAAAACGAACAUACAGGAACAAACCACCUCGCUCACCCUCCCCUCCACCCCCAAAAGUUGCACGAAGAAGUUCUUCUCCUGCACCAAUACCCCGUAUUUCACCUGACAGUAAUGUACGUCGGGAUCCACGUCAAUUUGGGAAGGAAAAUCGUAGAAUUAGAUCUUUAAAAGAGAAACAACCAAGGGAGUCUUCCAGAUCUAGUGAAGGUUCAAUAUCGCCUCGAUUUUCCCCGGAACCCGAUUCAGAAGACUUACACAGGACACCUGGUGACUGGAACCGACCUCCAAAAAGAAUUCGACCUCCAAAUGAUGAACCCUCUCACCCACCAAUAAACAGACGCAAAAGUGCCGACCCAAAUAUUCAAAUUCCACAAGAACUAACUUUAAGUCAUCAAAAUGAGAUCCUGAGACAGGCUGAUCGGCAACUGCAGAAUGGUGAGCUAACACAUGAGCAACAUCAGGAGUUAUUGAAGCAAUUACAUCAGCUCUUUGAACUUCAGAGGAUUAGGAAGAUGGAAAUAGAAGAGGAAGAAGAUCAUAGAAGAAAAAUGAACUCUGGGAAUAGAAGAGGAUUUCCUCCAGCUCAUAUGAGAGGUGGAAGAAUGAAUCGACCUCCAGGGAUGAUGGAAGAAGAUCCUCGUUUCCGGGAUCAUCAUGAACCUCCAGUGCACAACAACCGAAGGAUGGCUCCUAGAGGAUUUAGUAGAGGAAGAGGUUUUCGGGGAAGAGGAAGACCAUUUCAAUCAAGACCUAGAUCCCCACCAAGUCCUAGGAAAAUUGGAGGACCUAUUCAUGAUCCUCGUCUUCGAGAUGAACAUGAAAAGUUCUCCCCAAAUCCUGGGAUCCCAAAUGACUUUCAUCCCGAUCAGGGUCCUCAUCUCUCCCCACCUCAUCACUUGGAAGAAGAGAGACUUAAACAUCGAUCCCUGUCUCCCUUGCAUUCAAGAAGAGACACUCCUCCCCGCAAAGGUCCUCCAAAAUUGGAGCGAAAAUCAGAUGACAGACUUAAAAAUCUUCGAAAAUAUGCUCAUGAUGAGCAAAACAUUCAAAGAGAAAUAAAUGAUCAACAAAUUCCUAUCUCUGCUAGAUUUCCAACAAUGCAAAAUGAUAGAAAUGGUGAAGAAAGUGUUCAUAUGGAGAAGGAGAGAAAUCUAGAGGAACCAGAAGAUUACAUCAUUGCUAAUUUGCCGAAGAAUGAACCAAAGCAACAGAACUUUGAAGAACCAGAAGAUUAUAUUAUCGCAAACUUAAAGGAAGAGGAGCAGACUCCUUGUGAGGAGCCAGAGGACUACAUCAUCGCGAACAUACCCGCAUCUGCUGGGAGUUAUCAAGAGGAUGUAGAUCAGCAGAGGAGGAAUUCCGAUUCUGAGCAGGCAUAUAUGGAGCAUAGGAAGAAGUUGAAGCAAUCUAUGCAUGGUAAAGAUAUAGAUAAGGAAGAAGAGGAAAAGAUGGAAGAGAGUGGAUCAAUUGAAAAAACAACUUCUGGAACAGAUACGGAUGCUGAUUUAUCUUCUGAGAGGAAAAAGUCCGAAGAGUUGAUUAGAUCCCCAUCCCUUCCACUUAAGAAACGACGCUACGUCAGUUCUGAGUCUCCAGAGAAAAAAACGGAUGAUCAGAAAGAUGAGGAGGCAACGGUUGAGAAGAUUGAAGCUCCAGAGGCAAUAAAAGAUCAUGCUGACUCUAAGCAGGAGAAAGAUAAGGCAAAGGAUGUUGAGCAGGAUAUUGUGGAGGUUAAAAAGGAAGAUCUUUUUGAGCGUAAAAUUGAAGAAGAUGAGAAAAUGAAAGGCCCAGAAAAAGAUGCUCCUGGUCAUGAUGAGAAAAAUUCCUCUGUUUUUGUCCGGGAUGAUGAUGAUGAUAUUGCUCCUGAAAGAGGUCAUCCAAGGUUCAGAGGACCUAGACAUCCUCCAAGAGGAAGAAUCCCACAUCCCAGAGAUCGCCUGCAAGAGAAAGAGGAAGCUCGCAUGCAGAGGAUUUAUGAGGAAGAGAAGGAGAAACUUGAAUGGGAGCAUGAACUUCAUCAUCAGCUGCAAAUGGAAAGAUGGGAGGAAGAAAGAAGCCUGAAAAGUGAUGAUUUCAACAGAAGAGAAGCUGGUCCUCCGUUCCGCAGAGGAAGAGGUCGUGGAUUCCCUCGUUUACCUCCAAGAGAUCGUCGAGAUGGAUGGGAGUCUCCUCCAAUGGAUGAAGAGGACCUUGACAUCGCACGCGGGAGCAUCCGGCGUGGUGGGCCUCCACAUCGACCUCCAGUGGUGAGAGGACGAAGGUUUCCGACUCACCAGCGAGACCGACGCAGGCCCCCAUUGCCCCAUGAUGCCCGCCCACCACCUGGUUAUCACCGUGGUCGUUCACCCCCUGAUCGCCGACUACCCCCUCAUCCCAGACACCCUGGAGAACCCAGACCCCCACCCGAGUGGGAGAGGGGGCACAGACUCCCACCCAAUGAAGCACAUUUCCCACCAGAUCGACCCUUUCACCCCGAAGAGCGUCGAUUAUCACCACCACCUAUCAAUGAGCGUCGAAAACUGCCAAUUGAACCUGCUCGUGACCUUCCACCUGUCAAUCAACCUCCACCCAUCAAUCAAAUCAAUGUUGACAGGCUGCUGUCAAACUUGCUAGCCAAAGGGAUACUAAAGAAAACUGAACCUGAGCGUUCAAGUCCCACCCCACCCACUGUAUCUACACCACCGCUUGUAAAAACUGAACCUGUAACUGCACCAUCUGUAGUUGCCACUAAACCAGUUGAGGAACCGCGAACUAUUUCCCCAUUUGAUGAAGAAUUAAUGACGAUGGAUCCAGAUGCUAACAUUCCUAUUAUAACUCUUAAUUCAGAUCUAAAAAUACGCCAUGAUGAGAUCAUAAAGCGGCUCUUUACCGGCAUCCAGUGUUCAGCAUGUGGUUUACGUUUUACAACGAGGCAAACAGACCUCUAUGCUGAACAUCUUGAUUGGCAUUACCGAGUCAACCGGAAAGAUAAGGAAGGUUUCGUCCAAUCACAUCGUUCGCUAUAUCCUGCUGCAGGGGAAUGGAUUUGCUUUGAAGAAGUUGUUGACCCCGAAGAAAAAGCGAAAAAUCCAUUUAAUGAGGACCCAGUAAAAGGGGAAUUCCCUGGGGCAAAUGAGGAAAAUGACUUGACAGUUCCGUUAACAGGGCGCCCUGGAGAGGAUAUUUGCAAAGUAUGUAAAGAAGCAUUUGAAACAUUCUACAAUGAAAAUGAUGAUGAAUGGCAGUUUGCUAACUGUGUUAAAGUCGAUGAUGACAACUUCCAUCCAAGCUGUUAUGAAGAUAAUUAUAAUUCAAGCUCACUUAUUACCCCUAUCAAGGCUCCUUUAUACAACCCACUUGAUUCUGUGAAAGAGGAAAUCCCAGGCUUGGAUAAUUCUCCUCAGAUAAAGGAGGAACCUCAGUCUGAAGAUGAAAAGAUGGAAGAAUCAGAAGUUCCGGAAAAAUCUGAAGUUUUCAUCAAAACUGAAGUGCAAACUGAUUUUCCUAAUGAUAUAUUGGAAGAUUUGGUGAAUAAAGAAAAUGAAAUGAUUCUGAAUGAAAACACUGAACAGUCUCAAGAUACUGAAAAAAGGCAGGAACCUGUUGCACAAGAUACCAACUCCAAUUCUAUGCAAGAUAACUGUGAUGUCACAAACACAGUUGAUGAUGUCACAACUACUGGUGAUGACAUAGGUGCAGCGAUUAAAGAUGCUUUGUUAUCUGAUGGGACUUCACCUCGUCAAAAUACCACUGAUGAUGUCAUAGCUCCUGAUGAUGUCACUACUGAUGAUAUCACAGCCUCUGAUGAUGUCACUACUGAUGACAUCACAGCUCCCAAUGAUGUCACUACUGAUGACAUCACAGCUCCCAAUGAUGUCACUACGGAUGACAUCACAGCUUCCAAUGAUGUCACUACGGAUGACAUCACAGAUGCUCCACAAACCGAAAAUGUCAAACCUAAGGAUGGCGUCAUUAAUGACGUUCCGAACGGUGAUAAUUCACAUUCUGAUGUCACAGAGAAAGACGUCAAAGCGCAUGAUGACGUCACAGAUAUGGACACCACUAGUGCAGUUGUUUUAGAUAAUAUUCUCAGCGAAAAUUCCGAUAAUUUAUGAUAAUAAAAACCAAAAUAUGUGAAGAAACAGUUUUGUUUUCGCCUCAAAAGUAAAAGUAAAAACGAUUUUGUUAUAAACUGUCAAUUUUUAUUUUUCGUUUCACAUUUUUGUGAAGAAGUGCACGCAAGAUAAUUGCGGAAUAAACUGUGAAGGCCUGAUGUUGCAUCCAGGCAACUCCUUGUUAGAUUGGUUGGGUGUUUUACUGGGUUUUGUUCGUUAAAGCAUCGUUAGUAGCGGAAAUUCAAUAAAAAUUAAACACCAAUA